AUGCUUUACUGCCUGCCACGCUUUUCAGAUUGUAGUAGGUUCCAUUUCGUUGGCACCUACAACAAACGGCGCCAGCUCAAGCUGGAGCGCUCAGCAGUGUGUGCACAAGUGAAAGAACCUCCGGCAGAAGGUGACCGAGUCAUAGUCGACGGAGACAAUGGACCGAUCGUAGUUGCGAAAAUCGACGGCAAGUACUACGCGGUUGAUGCGAAGUGUCCUCACUUGGGCUUGCCAAUGAAGCAGGGAAAAAUUGAAAGCGGGCCAGACGGGCCGACUUUGACCUGUAAUUUCCACAACUCCGAGUUCAACAUGAACACCGGCGUUUGCACGAGGUGGGUAACUGGUGCUUUGGGCUUUGAGAAUGACUUCGUUGCUGGAUUCAUGUCUAAUGUUGGUGGUGAGAAGAAGAAUGUGCAGGCCUAUGAGGUGGUGGAAGCUGACGAUGGUUCACUGUCCUUGGUGAUGCCAAGCAAAUGA